UGGCGGCGGUGAUGGGUGGGGUACGCGCGUGAGGGUGGGUGCCCCAGUCAAGCGAGCCACUGUGCCAGUCCCAGGCACGGCGCCGCCCCUUCCUCCUCGCCUCGUGUCCGGGCUGGGCGAGCGGUGUGUGUGCAGCGCUGGGACGCCCCGGCCCGGUGCCGGCCUCCUCGGUGGCUGCUGGCAUUGCAACCUCGGUGGCAGCCGGCUUCGAGGGGGCCCCGGUCCCUGAGCCCUAGGGCGGAUGGAUGGCUGGGGUCUGGAGACAUGGGGUGGGGCCCACGCGGGGUGCGAGAGCCCGCAGUUUCCUGGCUCAGGGGUGGGGCCGGCAACGCCGGGAGUGUGCAGCGCGUGUGAGUGUGCGGGGGCGUGCGUCCCCGAGUGCGCGCGGCGGGCGGGCGGGCGAGCGAGCGGCCGUGCAGGCGUGCGCUCGCCGCCGCCGCGCGGUGGUGCGGGGACUCUGCGACCCGGAGCGGCGCUCCCGCGGGUGCGGAGGUGCGGAAGUCUGGGUGCGUUGGCACGCCCCGAGCUCGGCGGCUCGCCGUGCCCCGCAGCGCGAGGCGACAGGCCCAGGGAGGCCCAUUGAGAAGGAGCUCUUGCCCGGCCUGCCGCGCCUCUGUCCCCAACGGUGUCCGGGCUACGACUGCGGGGACCCGAUAGCGCCUGGCGAGAGCCCAGACGACCUUAUCUCGGCCGCCCCGUGCGCUGGCGCUGCACCCUGCGGGCGAGGCCGCGGCCGGUGUAGCCGUGGGGGACCGACGGGCCCUCCCGGUGGUGGCCGAGGAGCGUCUGUGGACUGUGGAUUGCGGCUCGGUGCUGGCCCGAAACUACCGCGGCAGAUGUCUCGGGCACCGCCGCCCUCGCCCCACCUGUCGCGGGUGGACUUUGGGGCGGGUGGGAAGCGUAGGAAAGGGCGUCUGGGGGGCGGGCGGCGGGCAGACCUUGAGAAGCGGCCCAUUGUGAAGCUGCCAAAGUCGCUCUAGUGGUGGAAUCUGCAAAUCUCGGCCAGAAAGGAGCCCGGUUCGCGAAGGGGACGACGGCCGCGUGCUUCCUACCCUGUAUCUGGAGUAGAACAGAAAAAUUAUUAUGCCUGUGCUCCCUUGGGACUCCUUGGAAAUUGCACAGUGACAUCAUCUGGGAUUUAGUCUGGAGUGUGCAGCCUGGUGCCUAAGAUGGAAGUAGAUAUAAAUGGGGAGUCCAGAAGUACCCUGACCACCCUGCCGCUACCUGUGGCUGAGGGGAGCUCGCCAGGAAAAGCGGAAGCCGAGAAGCCCCGCUGUUCCAGCACGCCAUGUUCGCCCAUGCGUCGGACUGUGUCAGGUUAUCAGAUCCUCCACAUGGACUCCAACUAUUUGGUUGGCUUUGCAACGGGUGAGGAACUCCUGAAGUUAGCCCAGAAGUGCACAGGAGGGGAGGAAAGCAAGGGGGAAGCCGUACCGCCCUUGCGCUCCAAACAGCUGGAUGCGGGACUCGCACGCUCCUCUCGUCUGUACAAAACUAGAAGUAGGUACUAUCAGCCAUAUGAGAUUCCAGCUGUUAAUGGCAGGAGGCGAAGGCGGAUGCCCAGCUCAGGAGACAAGUGUACCAAAUCCUUACCUUAUGAACCUUAUAAGGCCCUCCAUGGGCCCUUGCCUCUAUGUCUUCUUAAAGGUAAGAGGGCUCACUCUAAAUCCCUGGACUACCUCAAUCUAGAUAAAAUGAACAUCAAGGAGCCAGCGGACACAGAAGUGUUACAGUACCAGCUUCAACACCUGACCCUCCGAGGGGACCGAGUGUUUGCUAGGAAUAAUACAUGAAUGACUUGCACAGGGUUUAAACCGCUUUAGGCCAGCCUGUCCUUGGCUAGAGAGAGAGAGAAAAAAAAAUCUACUGUCGUACUCUGUACAUGACCUUUCACCUUAGAGAUGGUUAUAUCAGCUAAGUGUUCCUGGAACAUACAAAAAAAUUGUUUGGAUCAAGUUUUGGAUACAGGAAUGAAAUCACAGGUACUUGGGGCGGGGCGGGGGGCUAUCAUUCUAGAGCACGCAACUGCAAAGAAAACAGAAUGUUGACCGUUAGUUUGCAUAGCUUCUUAGCUAGAACAAGGUUUUGGUGCAGUAAUUUCACCUUUAUGAUUCUGAACACUCAAACUGGGAAUGUUACCUGCUUGGUUGUUGCUGACUUGAUAUGAUUCAUUAGAAAUUUAUAUUGAAGUACUCAGUGCUUCUUGGAUCUCUGUAUUUUACUAUACAAUGUAUGUAAUGAUUUGUCUUAUGGAAUUUAGAGCUUGAACACUGCUGAAUUGGACCACUUUUUAUUUUUAAAUAUUGAGUUUAAAUAUUUUAUAACUGGUUUUGCACUGAAAACAAUUAACAUUUCAGAUUAAGAGAAUAAUCUUUCUUCACUUGCCUCAAUAGGAAUAUUGAGCAAUGGAUUUUUUUAUUUCCGCAUGGAAAGUUACUGAUCUCUAUGGCUGUAAAAUAUUCCUUUAUAGCAUUAUUAAAGUGUGUCUUAAUAAAAUUAAAUUUGGGAUACAAAGUAUUUAUUUUACAAUGGGUAGUGGGUGGGAUGCUUUUCCAGAAUGUUUCCGACAUGAAGUUUUCAUCAGUUGGAAACAUUUCCUUAGUGCUUAUUUUCUGAUUUAAAAUCCACAUGGAACUUGAAAAUGGAAAGGAUUCUGUCCACUAGGUUGUUGGCGUAGUCCUGCUUACAUCUCAACUUCUUGUAAGUGAAUACCACUUUAGCAAAGGCUCUCAUGAUUUUGACUAUCAAAUGCUUAAACUAAGUAAGAAGUGAUACCACUCAGCACGUCCUGGGGUCUUUCCAGGGUCAGUUCUCUGCAGCACGGCACUCAUUGGAAUCCCAGUUUCAGGAUUAGUGUAGGAGCCUAACGUGCUUCUACAGUUUUAAUGGGCUAAUCCUGGAUUACCUAACAACUUAGGUCUAUCACACUGGUUUAAUUUGUUGCUAAAGAAAUAAUUCCUUGCCUUUAGUAACAGAAGCAGCUCAACUACCCUUGACCAUAAAUGUAUGUAACUUACCUUUUGUAAACAUUUCUAGCUCAUUCAGUCUUAAAGGUGCAAUUUAUUACUGAUUUGGCAUUUCUGGAUAUAUAGAAAGACAUAUUUCAUGUUUUCUUUUCAGCACUGUGAGUUUCUUAGGGGUUAGCAGUCUUGCUUAUAACAUAAGAACACGUUUUAAUUGAUGAAUGUGCCAUUCCUGGACCAGUUGUGGUUUUCCUCUGUCCAGAUUGAAUGGCAAAAUUUAUUUUAGAGCAGAAUAAAUGUUAGAAACCCCAGGAGCUCUUAAUAGAUGCUUAUUAUGCACUCACAGAGACAACCAUGUGACAACAUGUAUAAGAGAGCCAUGGAGAUGCUGGCUCAUGUCAUACUGAGUUGAUCAGAGGUUUUAGUGGCUGGAAAGUUUCCGAUGUUGUCUAUUUAAAGUAAACUGCACCUUUGUAACAUAUUGUAUUGAUGAAUGAUCACUAAGAUUAACUAUAUCUAUACAGUCAAUAGUUUGACAAUUAAUAGAAUCCUGUCAGAUGCCAAAGAGUUGGGAUUUUUACAUUUAAUGAUUAAACACCGUUAUUUAUUGAUGAUUUACCCUCUGGAACUGUAUUAUUUCUAACUAUGAAAUAAAAGGGUGAUGUAAACAUA